AUGCCUCUUUCUUCCAAAGGCGUGCAGGGCGUCAAGGACGUCCUCAAUGGUUUUGUUAAUGAUGGCGCGCCUGGACUUGUUUUUUCUGCUGUUGACAAGGCGGGAAAUACGCUUGUUGAAUAUGCUGCGGGUACGGUGGGGGUGGAGUCGAAGGAGGAGAUGAAUAAGGAUAACACGGUUUUCUGGAUCGCAUCUUGCACGAAGCUCGUUACCGCCAUUGCUGCAUUACAGCGUUCACUAGACGACGCCGAGUUUGUCAAGAAGAUCACCCCCGAGAUCAAAGAGAAGAAGGUCUACGCUGAUGGCGUCACACCGGCCGAUCAAGAGAAGGAUGUCACGGUCCGCAUGCUACUGUCUCACACCGCUGGCUUUGCAUACGGCUUCAUCGACCCGCGCAUUCCUCAGGAUGGCAGCAUAGAAGGUCGCGGCGGUGAUAAGAAUGACAUCCUCAACGGCCGCCUUGUCAACCAGCCAGGCUCCAUGUGGGAAUACGGCACCAACCUCGACUGGGCAGGCAUCAUCGUCGAGCGCGUAAGCGGCCAAACCCUAGGCGGCUACUUCGCUGAGCACAUCUUCGCGCCGCUGGGUAUCUCAGCCGACGGAGCAUCCAUGUUCCCAUCCCAGAAUAAUCUCGCACACAUGCACCAGCGCGGCCCCGACGGCCAGCUCAAAGAGCGCGAGCACCUCUUCAACGGCCCUUUCAGCGUGACCUCAAAGGACCAGCAAAACGCCUUUUUCCAGUCUGGUGGCGCGGGUCUGUAUGCUAAGCCGAAGGAAUACGUCAAGAUCCUUGGGGCGAUUUUGAAUGAUGGAACGAGUCCUACGACUGGCAAGCAGAUCUUGAAGGAGACUGUGGAUCUCAUGUGGGAGAAUCAGAUUCCAGAUCAGCUACCUCUUGACUUCUUCUCGUUGAGAGGAAGCGGACAGGAAUUUGGCCGCGACCCUGGUGUCCUUCCAUCUGCUUACUUGAACAACAGGCCCGACUUUGCGCGCUCCGGCGCCGCCCCCGCGAACCCCGAGCUUGUCAAUCAAGUCCCCGAAUUCUACCCCCAACCUGGGAAUCCGCCGCAAGGAUGGGGUUUUGGCGGGUUUCUCACCAUUGAAGGGGGCCCGUCAGGUCGCGGCCCAAACACACUUUGGUGGAUGGGCUUGUGCAAUUGUUUCUGGUGGAUUGAUCGAGCCCGAGGUGUAGCAGGCAUGUUGGGUGCGCAGGUGCUGCCGAAUGGCGACCCGAAGGUCAUUCCGGCUUGGUUUAUGUGCGAGAAGACCAUCUAUGAUAAUUUGGAGUAG